AUGGCUUUAAGCAAAGGGCUGCGGCUGCUCGGGCGGCUGGAGGCCUCGGGGGAGAGCAGCAUCCUGCUGGAGGCGCGCGGCCGCGGGGACUGCUUGCUCUUCGAGGCCGGCACGGUGGCCACGCUCGCUCCAGAAGAAAAGGAGGUCAUUAAAGGCCAGUAUGGAAAGCUCACUGAUGCUUAUGGCUGCCUGGGGGAGCUCAGGUUCAAGUCUGGUGGCACCUCCCUGAGCUUCCUGGUUUUGGUGACGGGCUGCACAUCCGUGGGCAGAAUUCCAGAGGCCGAAAUCUACAAAAUCACCGCCACCGACUUUUACCCACUUCAGGAAGAGGCCAAGGAGGAGGAGCGCCUCACAGCCUUGAGGAAGAUCCUCAACUCGGGGGUCUUUUACUUCUCGUGGCCCAGUGAUGGGUCUUGCUUCGACCUCACUGUCCGGGCACAGAAGCAGGGCGAUGACAGCUCCGAGUGGGGCAACUCCUUCUUCUGGAACCAGCUGUUGCACGUGCCUCUGAGGCAGCACCAGGUGCGCUGCUGUGACUGGCUGCUGAAGGUCAUCUGCGGGGCGGUGGCCAUCCGCACAGUGUAUGCCUCUCACAAGCAGGCCAAGGCCUGCCUCAUCUCCCGUAUCAGCUGCGAGCGCGCCGGUGCUCGCUUCCACACCCGAGGCGUGAACGAUGACGGCCAUGUGUCCAACUUCGUGGAGACGGAGCAGAUGAUUUACAUGGAUGAUGGGGUGUCGUCUUUUGUUCAGAUCAGAGGCUCCGUUCCGCUGUUUUGGGAGCAGCCAGGGCUUCAGGUGGGUUCCCAUCAUCUGAGACUCAACAGAGGCCUGGAAGCCAACGCCCCUGCUUUCGACAGGCACAUGGUGCUUCUCAAGGAGCAAUAUGGGAAGCAAGUGGUCGUGAACCUGCUGGGGAGCAGAGGCGGAGAGGAGGUGCUCAACAGAGCCUUCAAGAAGCUGCUCUGGGCUUCUUGCCACGCCGGCGACACGCCUAUGAUCAACUUUGACUUCCAUCAGUUUGCCAAAGGCGGGAAGCUAGAGAAAUUGGAGAACCUGCUGAGGCCACAGUUGAGGCUGCACUGGGAUGACUUUGAUGUGUUCGCCAGGGGCAAGAAUGUAAGUCCACGUUUUCAGAAAGGCACUUUGCGGAUGAACUGUCUCGACUGCCUGGACCGAACCAACACGGUGCAGAGCUUCAUCGCCCUCGAGGUCCUCCACCUGCAGCUUGAGAGCCUAGGGCUGAAUUCAAAGCCCAUUGCCGACCGCUUCGUGGAGUCCUUCAAAGCCAUGUGGUCUCUGAACGGGCACAGCCUGAGCAAGAUGUUCACGGGCAGCCGGGCCCUGGAAGGGAAGGCCAAGGUGGGGAAGCUGAAGGAUGGGGCCCGGUCUGUGUCUCGCACAAUCCAGUCCAGCUUCUUUGACGGGGUGAAGCAGGAGGCCAUCAAGCUGCUGCUGGUCGGGGACGUCUACACUGAAGAGUCUGCGGACAAAGGGAGGAUGCUGCUGGACAACCAGGCCCUGCUGGUGACUCCCAGGAUCCUGCGAGCCAUGUCGGAGCGCCAGUCAGAGUUCACGAAUUUCAAGCCGGUGCGUGUCGCUGUGGGCACCUGGAAUGUGAACGGAGGCAAGCAGUUCCGGAGCAACCUGCUGGGCACUGCCGAGCUGGCUGACUGGCUGCUGGAUGCGCCCGUGUUUUCCGGAGUCUCUGGAUUCCAGGAUGACAGCAGCCCAGCUGACAUAUUUGCCGUGGGGUUUGAAGAGAUGGUGGAACUGAGCGCAGGGAACAUCGUCAACGCCAGUACCACCAACAGGAAGAUGUGGGGUGAGCAGCUUCAGAAAGCCAUCUCACGCUCUCAUAGGUAUAUUCUCUUGACUUCGGCACAGCUGGUGGGCGUCUGUCUUUAUAUCUUUGUACGUCCGUACCACGUCCCCUUCAUCAGGGACGUGGCGAUUGACACAGUGAAGACGGGCAUGGGGGGAAAGGCGGGGAACAAGGGCGCCGUGGCCAUCCGCUUCCAGUUCCACAGCAGCAGCUUCUGCUUCAUAUGCAGCCACCUGACGGCCGGGCAGUCCCAGGUGAAGGAGAGGAACGAGGACUACAGGGAGAUCACCCAGAGGCUGAGCUUCCCGAUGGGAAGAAACAUUUUUUCUCACGAUUAUGUGUUUUGGUGCGGCGAUUUCAACUACCGCAUCGAUCUCACUUACGAAGAAGUCUUCUAUUUCGUUAAACGCCAGGACUGGAAGAAGCUGCUGGAAUUUGAUCAGCUACAGCUACAGAAAUCAAGUGGAAAAAUCUUUAAAGACUUUCACGAAGGCACCAUUGACUUUGGACCCACCUACAAGUAUGAUGUUGGCUCUGCUGCCUAUGACACAAGUGACAAAUGCCGCACCCCGGCCUGGACGGACAGGGUCCUGUGGUGGAGGAAGAGGCAUCCUUUUGACAGAACAGCUGGAGAACUCAACCUUCUAGACAGUGAUCUGGACGCUGACACCAAAGUCGGACAUGCCUGGUCUCCUGGUGCCCUCAAGUAUUAUGGCCGAGCAGAGCUGCAAGCGUCUGACCACAGACCCGUGCUGGCCAUCGUGGAGGUGGAAGUGCAAGAAGUCGAUGUGGGUGCUCGGGACAGGGUGUUCCAGGAAGUGUCCUCUUUCCAGGGCCCCAGGGACGCCACCGUCGUCGUCAACCUUCAGUCGCCAACCUCCGAAGAGAAAAACGAAUUUCCCGAGGACGUGCGCACGGAGCUCAUGCAGACCUUGGGCAGUUACGGGACGAUCCUGCUUGUCAGGAUCAACCAAGGGCAGAUGCUGGUGACUUUUGCAGACAGUCACUCGGCGCUCAGCGUCCUGGAUGUGGACGGAAUGAAGGUGAAAGGCAGAGCUGUGAAGAUUCGACCAAAGACCAAGGACUGGCUGCAAGGUUUGCAAGAGGAGAUCAUUGGAAAGCGGGACAGCGUGGCCUCCGCGUCCCCCACCGCCAACUCCUGUCUGCUGGAGGAAAACUUCGACUUCACGAGUCUGGACUAUGAGUCAGAAGGGGAUAUUCUUGAAGACGACGAGGACUAUUUGGUGGAUGAGCUGAGUCAGCCCGUGAUCUCAGAUAGUGAAGCGGGCGGAGACGAGCCCGCCGAUGCCCCCAGCUCCAUGGCGGUGGCGCCUCCCAGCCGGUCACCGGCACUCACCAAAAAGAAGCAGCAUCCAACCUACAGAGAUGAUGCUGACCUGGUGGUGGUAAAGCAGGAGCUGGAAGCAGUUGGGGACUUCCGCCACCGCUCUCCAAGUCGGUCUCUGUCGGUUCCCAAUAGGCCUCGGGCACCUCACCCACCGCAGAGACCCCCCCCUCCAACUGGUCUAAUGGUGAAAAAGUCAGCCUCGGAUGUGUCCAUCUCCUCUGGCACCCACGGGCAGUAUUCGAUUUUGCAGACAGCAAAACUUCUGCCAGGAGCACCUCAGCAAGCACCCAAAGCUAGGACUGGGAUAAGUAAGCCUUAUAACGUCAAGCAGAUCAAAACUACCAACGCUCAGGAGGCGGAAGCAGCAAUCCGAUGUCUCCUGGAAGCCAGAGGAGGCGCCCCAGGAGAAGCCCUAAAUGCCACAGCCUUGACGGACCAGGGAUCUUCCAAACCAGAGCCCACAGCGGGGGUGGCCCCACUCCUGCCCCGUCGGCCCGCACCCAGAGUUCCUGCCAUCAAGAAGCCAACCUUGAGGAGGACAGGAAAGCCCGCGCCACCAGAAGAACAGUUUGGGCAUCAAGCCGUCCAUUUUACAAUCGGGCCCCCGGAGACGAACCUUGACACCCCUCCUCUAGCGACAGUCCCUCCAGUUCCCAAACCGAGAACACUUCAGCCCGGGAAAGGUGCUGCUGCCUCCGGGAAGCCAGCGCCGGACGAGGCCCCGCCCCCUCCGGAGGCCCCGCCCCUCGUGCCCCAGGUGCCCCCGCGGAGGAAGAAGUCGGCGCCGGCGGCCUUGCACCUGCAGGUGCUGCAGAGCAACUGCCAGCUUCUCCGGGGGCCCCCCUGCAGCAGCCCCAGCAGCGACUGUCCCCCCGCACCCCUGCCUGCUGGGGGCGCGCUCUUCCCCCAGCCGGCUUUCCUUGGCCCUUCAUCACCUGCAAGCCCUGAGGCUGAUGGCACCAAGGACACGAAGUCGGAGGCCGCCCCCCUCCUCGAUGAUUAUCAGGACCCCUUCUGGAGCCUUCUCCACCACCGUAACCUGUUGAAUAACUCCUGGCUUCCCAAGAGCCCUGACCCCCUGGACUCGGGGAACAGGAACCUCGGAAGAGCACACGCAGCUCCCCAGCAAGUCAGUGCCUCACCUGCCCAGGAGCCGCCAUUGGAGCGCAGAGAAAAAGACUUCGGUCCCUGGGUGACAACCAGUGACAAGGACAAGAGGACGGUGCUGCAGGUGUUUGACCCACUGGCGAAAACAUGA